AUGAAGCGCCGCAAGGGCGGAUCGCGCACCCUCAAUGACUCCAAUGUUCGCAAGUUCCUCCUGCAUGAGGGCCUACAAUACAUCAAUCUCAACACGUUCUGGCUGAUGCCAGAGCCGUUUCAUGGCCUCCACUGCCCGCACCUGCUCUACCUCAACCUCAACGGGUCUCUGCAUGUGGGCGACGAGGGCGUGACCGGCAUCGCUCGUGCCAGUCCCAUGCUGCAACAUUUGAACGUGAAGGGCAACAGAAUCUCUGAUGCGGCACUGUUCGAGUUGGCGGAACACUGUCCGCGUCUCGAGGUGCUCUACGUGCAGUGCAGCGCCGCCAAGCGCGCUCGAGGCAGGAAAGGCCAUCGGGCCCAGUCCGCCGAGCCCGGUUCACAGCCCCUUGCCGACCAGAUCACCAACGAGGGCAUCCGGGCCAUCGCCGUCGGCUGCCCACAGCUCAGGUCGCUGUCGAUAUCGCGCGCCCUCCACGUGACGGAUGACGGGCUUCGGCGCCUGAAGCUCAACUUCGACGGCGAGCCGCCUGUGCUCAAGCUCAUUCAGCAUCUGGGUCUCAAGUGUCUUCCCUUCUUCCACCUGCCGCGACAGAGCGAUGCCGAUGUCGACAACAAUAGCACCAACACCACCAACGGCGACGGCGACAACGAAGCCGAGGACGGCUACUUCCCAUCGCCCGACAGCGCGGAACCGGCGCUCUUCAAUCCGCUGCCGUCGCUGGUGUCGCUCCGCCUGGCGUCGCUGCCGAAGCUGACCGACGCGAGCCUUCUCGCGGCGCUGCUCCCCUUCGUCGACCAGCUGGAGGCGCUCGAGCUGAGCCAGCUGACCAAGGUCACCGGACCCACGCUCGAGCGCCUGCUCGACGCACGCCGGCGAGUCGAGCGAACCCAACACUGCGCGACCGUGUGGGGGCAGACGCAGAGCGAUGAUGCUGAUACUGACGUCAGUGCCGGUCAUCGGCUGCGAUCGCUGACGAUCCACCACUGCCAAGCCGCGAAGUCGCUCAACGUCGAGUUGCCCACCUCGCUCGAGAGCCUCGAGAUCAGCUGCAUCUACUGGCGGGGCAAUGCGCCGUGGUUCGCCGACCACCUUGCCGCCGGUUGCGCGUACCCACGGCUUCGGCGGAUCGACUGCUCGAUGACGUACGUCAACGACGCGCACCUCCGGGCCAUCGCGCGGCAGUGCCCGCACGUGACGGACCUCGUGCUGGCCGACUGCCACGACGUCCGCGACGCCGGCCUGGUCGCCCUGUUUCCCUUCGCCACGUCAUCGGCGACCGGUGAAUCGUCCGCCGAUAUGGUGUCCCUCUACGACUAUCUCUCGGCCACGCACCACUCUUUCCCGCUCCGCCCUGCACUUGCCGCAGCUCCACCACCAUUGUCGUCAUCGUCAUCGCCUGAACUAUCGGCGGAGGCUGAAGCACUGCCGGCGCCGCAGCUCCGCUUGCUGGGUCUGACGCUGUCCAAGUGCAGCCGCAUCACGGCGCCCAAGAUCUGCAGCCCCUACCUGACCAGGCUCGACCUCAACUGGAGCCGGGUGACGAGCUUGGCCAACGUGCGCCUGCCGCGGCUCAAGACGGUGGACGUCACCGGCUGCCAGCAGCUUGACGCCGAGAGCUUCUUCGUCUUCCUCGCCCACUCGCCUCGCCUGCGCUCGCUGUGGGCCAUGGCCCCGUCGUCGCUCGACCACCGGCCAACGCUAGAUCGACUCACCGGCGCUCAGUCGCCCUCGACCAUCGACACAUCCUCCUCGUCGUCUCAUCGUCGUGGUCGUGAUCGUGCCAAGUCACCUGCGCCGCCAUCUUCGUCAUCGUCCCCAUCAUCGCCCACUUCUUCAAGUCAGCGUCGCUCGCCCAUCGCGUCGCUCCGCGUGCUCAAUGUGUCGGGCAUGACCGAGCUGGGUUCGCCCCACGUCGAGUCGGUGAUCGCCCACUGUCGCGGCCUGCGCACGCUGCACAUCGGCGGCUGCCGUCGCUUCACCAAGGCCCUCGUCGACGACCUCGAGCAGCGCCACCCGCACAUCCUCUUCAAGGGCUGGGACCGCAUCUCAGCCAAGGGCCGUGACGAUCAGUCGACCGUGUAA